CAUAAACACAAACCAAACCAAACCAAACCCCAACCCCCCGUCCCCCCUUUUCCUCUCUUCCCAGUAACGACACACAAUACUCCAACACGACAUCGUUUUCUCCCCCCGGUACUUCUCCUUCGUCCCCCCCGUCGGAUCUGAGUUGCACUUUCUCCGAUCUCCUUCUCUCUCAGUCAGCUGUUUUGACUAGCCGUUCCUAUCGGAUCCACGGCGGGCAUUUUCAUUUUCAGAUGGGAAUGCCCGAACGAUGAGCAAAUCUGGCAACGAGGACGAAGAAGACAACGGUAACGACUGUUUCUACGAGUCUCUUGAUCGCAUACUUUCGUCAGCGACGUGUUCUUCGUCUUCUUCUUCUUCUUGUUCAGAUGAUGAAGAUGACAGCGAGGUGUACUUGAGGGAUCCCAAUUGCAGUACUUGUCCUAGCAAUAAUGCUUCCGGACGUACCUUAUCGAUCCCUAAAUUCCCAAUGGGGGUUACCGGUAACUACGAUGUCUGGAUCUCACAGCCUUCGUCAGUCGAAGAACGCCGGUUGCGGUUGCUCAGGCAGAUGGGACUUAGCCGCGAACCUUCUUCCGCCUCUAGACAUAAACCGUCUUCAUCCGUUUCGUCUGCCGCCGACUUAAAGCUUGGUAAGUCUGUCUCGGCAGAUCAUUUAGACACUGAUGCUACUACUCAUGCUCAUCAAGUUUCUGGUUCUAACCCUGUAAUCAUCCGAUCCAAGUCCGCCGAUCAUGAACACCGUGAUUCUAAUUCUAAUUCGCAUUCGCGGCAAGAAAUUCUUUUAAUUAAUUCAUUAUCUUCAUCCGCGGUUGAUUCCGCGUCAUCAGCAACUGUAAAUAAUAUCGUUGAUAAACAUGUUCUAGCUAAAUCGCCAAGCAUCAAUGCUAACGCUGCUUCGCCUAGUAAACCUCCAACCGGUAAAAUCCUUAGGCGUAGCGAGGAGAUUAUUAAGUUCGACAUUUCCUCAAAUGUCAAUAGCAAUGACGGCGAUGCAACAGGGAUGGAUUUGGAUUGUGGUACUGGUAGGGAAGGCGAUGAUGCAGCAGUUUGUACAAUCAAAAAUCUCGACAACGGAAAGGAGUUUGUAGUUCAUGAAGUUCGAGAAGAUGGAAUGUGUGAAAACCUUAAGGAAGUUGGAACAGGUAGGCAUUUAACCAUGGAAGAAUUCGAAAUGUGUGUUGGCCACUCACCAAUUGUUCAAGAAUUGAUGAGAAGACAGAACGUUGAAGCUGGAAACAGCGAUUUGCCUGAUUCAAAUGGUAAUUCCAGUGGUGGGAGUGGAUCUAAAUCCAAAAAGAAAGGGAGUUGGUUGAAGAGCAUCAAGAAUGUCGCCAGUUCUGUUACAGGUCAUAAAGAGAGAAGAAGCAGUGACGAGAGAGACACAUCAUCAGAAAAAGGUGGAAGAAGAUCAAGCUCUGCAACUGAUGAUAGUCAAGAUGUUUCCUUCCAUGGUCCAGAAAGAGUAAGGGUUAAACAAUAUGGGAAAUCACAUAAAGAUCUUUCAGCUCUUUAUAAAAGCCAAGAGAUUCAAGCCCACAAUGGUUCAAUCUGGACCAUUAAGUUCAGUUUGGAUGGUAAAUAUCUUGCUAGUGCUGGUGAAGAUUGUUCAAUCCAUGUAUGGCAAGUUGUUAGCUCAGAUAGAAAAGGCGAUCUUUUAUUUGAUAAACAAGAAGAUGGAAAUCUGAAUGUGUUAUUGAUGUCAAAUGGAUCUCCAGAACCAACCUCAUUGUCUUCUAAUUUAGACACAAGUAUACCUGAAAAGAAGAGAAGAGGAAGGUUAUCCAUAAGCAGAAAAUCCAUAAGCUUGGAUCAUAUUUCCAUACCAGAUACCAUGUUUGCCCUUUCAGAAAAACCUUUUUGUUCCUUCAAUGGACAUCUUGAUGAUGUUCUUGACCUCUCAUGGUCCAAAUCUCAGCAUUUGCUUUCAUCUUCCAUGGAUAAAACUGUGCGAUUAUGGCAGUUGUCCAACAAAUCUUGUUUGAAGAUCUUCUCUCACAGUGAUUAUGUGACUUGCAUACAGUUUAAUCCUGUUGAUGAUAGAUACUUCAUUAGUGGAUCUUUAGAUGCAAAAGUUCGCAUAUGGAGUAUUCCUGAUAGACAAGUUGUUGAUUGGAAUGAUUUGCAUGAAAUGGUCACUGCUGCUUGCUAUACACCAGAUGGUCAGGGUGCACUAGUUGGUUCAUACAAGGGCAGCUGUCGUUUAUACAACACAACUGAAAAUAAGUUACAGCAGAAGAGUCAGAUCAACCUACAAAAUAAGAAAAAGAAGCCCCACCAUAAAAAAAUCACUGGUUUUCAGUUUGCUCCAGGCAGUUCAACACAAGUCCUCAUCACAUCUGCAGAUUCAAGAGUUCGGGUUGUUGAUGGUGAAGAAUUGGUUCACAAAUUCAAAGGGUUUCGAAAUACGAACAGCCAAAUCAGCGCCUACCUGGCAUCAAACGGGAGAUACGUGGUAUGCGCCAGCGAGGAUUCGAACGUGUACGUGUGGAAACACGAAGGUGACUCACGUGCCAGCCGGACAAAAGGUGUAACAGUCACCCAAUCAUACGAACACUUCCACUGUCAAGACGUAUCAAUGGCAAUCCCAUGGCCUGGAAUGACUGAUUGGGGUUACAACUUUUCCGGCGAGCUGGACGUGGCGGUGGGGUCCACUGCCGCCGCCAACCACCACCACCCGCCUACACCGGAAAACGAAAGUAACGGGACCCACGGGUCCCCGUUAACGUCUGUUAACAGUCCGGUUAACGGGACGAUAACGAGUGCUACAAACGGUUAUUUUUUCGAUAGGAUAUCGGCCACGUGGCCGGAGGAAAGGCUUGUUUUAGGAACUAAGAAUCGGGGUCAAAGUCCGAGGACGAGUGUUGACUUUUCAAACGGGGUGGGCCCGGGGAAGUCAGCGUGGGGGAUGGUGAUUGUGACAGCUGGACUUCGGGGGGAGAUUAGAACGUUCCAGAAUUUUGGAACGCCAGUGAGGAUAUAAAAAGGGGAAAAUGGAAAAUAUAUAGAUAACCAUGAUUUGGGUGUUUGUGUGGAUGUGGAUUGGAUGGUUGUACAGAUAGCUUCGAUGAUUGUAAUAUUAGCAGGAGAGAGAGAAUUCGUGUUUUUUUUUUGGCUGUUUAAAUUCGGGACUGGUGAAGGAGCCGGUUCGAGUAGAAAAAAAAUUAGAGUUUUUUUUGAAGGGAAAAUAACAAAAAAAAAAGGAAGAAAAAAAGGGGAAGAAUACGGUUGAGAGUUUAGAAAGUGUUGAGGAAUUGUAGACUUGGAGAUAUUAAUUUGUAUUUUUUUUUUACGAUUUGAUUCUUGUGUAUUCCGUCUGUGUAUCUUCUUAUUUUUUUUAACUUAUGUUUGUGGUGGUGGAAUCAAUGAAUUCUUGAUUUGUGUAUACAGU